UGCCUUUCCUCGUCUUGAAUUCAAGACGCAGUCUUUCUCCUGUUCUGCAAUUUGAAGAUGCUGUACUGCCUGUACAUCGUAAGUCAACAUUACAACCUCUCUCCUCUAAUUUCUGCAACAAAACCUUGCUUCUACUCUUAAUUUUCGAGAUUGCUUCCAUGGCUGCCAAAUUGGGAAGCCACGACAAAACCCUAAUUUCUACCCAAGAUGCGCAGUUGAAUUCCUUUCAUCUCCUCCUGAAUAAGAAUUUUCGCUUCUCAAUCUAAUCUCCGUCCCCCUCGAUCUGCUGCUGUGGCAACAAACAUGAUCAAAUCAAUGCUUUCCUCUGAAAAGAUGGCGUCUACAAGUGAAGAGCCGCAGUCGCUCAGUCUACAUGAGCAGCUGAUAGAACCUUCUUCCGGUGGCUCUCUCUUGAUUACUCUGGUUGUCUAUGCUCUCGUGCUUUCCGCCAUGAUUAUCACCACCGGAGUUGAUUAUUCAAACCCAUACUGGGAUGCAGCAUAUGCUCUUGUCUUGUCGAUGAUCAUUAUUUUAAUUUCUUCCACAUACUUCUCUAGUCGCAGAGAUCUGCUGAAAAGGGCGAUGGAGUCGAUAUCCAAGCUUCUGGCAUCGAUCCGCCAUCGACACGAGCAACCGGCGGCAUCUAAAACCUGUUUCUCAGCUCUCCAGUAUGUUCUGGCUGUUCAUGCUAUCUUGCUGGUCGUCGUCUUCCUCGCUUUCGUGGUUGUAUAUGUAGGCCCUAACUUCGCCAUAGAAAUUACUGUACUCGUCUCGAUUGCCUGCGUUACAGUUGCAAGCGUAUGCUUCUUUAAUCAUGGAGAUUUGCAGAAAAUUUUGAUGGAAUUGAUCUCCGGGCUUAUUGCAGCUUCAUUAGCUAAUUCUUUAGUGUGGUUUGUGUUUCCACCUGCAAAUCUGAAGGAAAAACUGCAUUUCAUCUCUCUGUAUAUAAAAAUUGUGUCUCUGUUUAGUCUUAAGCUGCUGGCCACAGAAAUGUUCUGCAUUGCAGCAAUGCAGCUGGUGAGAAGGAACAAGCCAUUAGUGGGCUCGGCUGAAAUUAUGAUAGAUAUGUUGGGAUGUGCUGAUGGGAACGGGAGGCUUCUGUUGCCGGUGUCUGUUGCCAAAAUUGUUCUUCUUGUUGCAUUUGUGCUUUCAGCGUGGAUGCGAAGAAUGCCUGGAUUACAGUUAUUCUAUUUCUCCCUGAUGAGUCUGCUGUUUUUGGGUUUAGUGGUUGUAUUUGUACUUGCAUUCUUGAUGCAAAUAAGCUCAUCUCUACAUUACCGAUUGAGCUCAAUUGAUGCGAAGUUAAUGGCUAUACUAUUGAAGUGGAAUGCCAUUCCAGCACCUAGUGUAACGAGGGGGAGUAAUGGUGAAGGAACAAGAGAAAUGAGAAGAAGAAGAAGACAAAGAAAAUAUGAAGCUGGAGAACUCAGCGUGCCGAAGAAACCUUCAGAGGCAAAAAGAUGGGGAAAAAGCAAAUGGGAAGAAGGAGAACAAUAUGGAAAAAGUGAAUGGAAAGCAGGAAAACUAUACGAUCAAUACGUAACAGAUGAUACAAUCCAGGUGAAAGAAAAGAAAUUGGAAGAGAAAGCAGCAAACUAUGGGACUGAUAACACAACCACACUGGAGAAACCAUGGAGAUUGAGAAAAAGAGAAUGGAAAGCAUCAGAUAAUUUCGAAAGUGAUGAAAUAACCACAUUGGUGAAUACUUUCAUAGCAAAGAAAUCAGGGGUUCAAGGAUCUAUAUCUGGAGCGCUGUUGAUAGAGGAUUCUGCUGGUCAUGUUGAGGCAGAGAAGAAUAAAUUGGGUGAGGCCUUUUAUACGGAUGCUUCUUCGUCAGAUUCUGAUCCGAAGGAGACUGCCUUGAGAGAAACAUUUGGUGGUGCGGCUGAUCCAAAAGAACAGGAGAAAAUAAGUGCUGAGGCAGACGUGGGAAAAUCAAUUGAUACCGAACAGGAGAAAGAUAGAUAUAUGAGGGGGUGCAAGCUUUAUUGUUCCCUUUUUCCUGCUGAUUAUGAAUUUUCUCGCGACACUUUGAUUUGGUCAUGGAUUGCGGCGGACUUGAUAACCCCUGAGAAAAGUGGCAGAACAGAGGCAGUAGCAAAUCGAUGCUUUGACGAAUUGGUAAAUUCGAAAUACCUUUCGGAGUCUGGAUACGAUCACUUGAGGGAUCAAAUGAUGUAUAGAAUAGAGAAGGAUGAGCUUUCGAUCCUCAAUAAGCAGCCUUCAGAGUUUCUGUACAAAAGUACUGAUAACGACAGAGAUAUGGCUGGAGUUAAGCACUUAUCCUUGAUCUUUGAGCGGAUCGAUCGAAGUGUGUUCGAGAGUAUCCGAAAGUGCAGCCAACUGAAGACACUUCUUUUACACAAGUGUCCGGGAUCCGAGUCUCAAAACCUGCUGCACGAUCUCUUCUUGGAGAUGAAGUUCUUGACUAGUUUGGAUUUGAGUGGCACAAAUAUUGACGAAUUGCCGUGGUCUAUCGAGAAUCUGAAGAUGUUGAAGUAUCUUGAUGUGUCGGGAACACCCAUCAGACAUCUGCCUGAGUCGAUUGACUCUUUGAGCUGUUUAGAAAUGUUGCUACUACUGCAGUGUUUGAGCCUAUGCGGAUUACCAAAGCGCAUCGACAAGUUGGUUAAUUUACAGCACUUGGUUCUUGAUCUUUCCCAGCUGUCACAAUCGAUGCCGAUUGGCAUGGGGAAGCUGACGAAUCUACAAACUCUCGGGGCCUUUGUUGUUGGUACGAGAGAUGGGAAUUCGAUAAGGGAGUUGAAGAAUAUGAACAAACUAAAAGGGUCUCUUUGUUUGAUGAAUCUUGAGAACAUCCCGAAUGCAAACGAGGCUAGGGAGGCUCGUCUUUGCGACAAAUGGGACAUUUCUAAACUAGAAUUCGUAUGGAGUGAUCUUCAAGAUGCCAAGGUGCCGCAAGAAGUGGAAAUCCUCGAAUCCCUUAAACCAUAUUCGGGCCUGCAGGAGUUAAAAGUAGUCUCUUAUAGUGGCGGCACACUUCCAUCGUGGAUAAGCGAUCCAUCCUUUACUCAAAUCGCGAACAUAACUUUAUACGGGUGCAGAUAUUGUGAGACACUGUCAUCCUUAGGCGACUUGCCGUCUCUGAAGUCUUUGAACAUCGUCGACAUGGAUGAGCUAGUUCGCAUAGACAGGUCGUUUUGCCAGAAACAUACUACCCGGGAUCGCCAAGCAUUUCCUAAACUUGAGAGACUAUCACUUGAAGGGAUGUCCAACCUCGAAACAUGGACAGGCGUUGUAGAUGGACACUUUCCACGACUAGAGCGACUCUCGAUCCAACAUUGUCCGAAACUUACAGUUCUUCCAACACUCUCACAUUUCAUCUCCCUCCAACAUUUGGAGAUAUGCUACUGUCCAGUGCUCCCUUACUUGCCUAGAGGUAGACUCCCAGCGUCGCUCCAGCGCCUGAUGCUGAAAGACUGUCCUAAACUGAAAGAACGCUGCAGUAAGGAACAAGGCGAGGAUUGGGGUAAGGUUGCUGGCGUGCCGGCGCUGUACAUCGACAACCAGAGGAUCUAUUCUUCUUCAAGGUAAUCUUGGUCAAACAGGGAAAAGGCACUUUCUCUCUCUAGAAAAAGUGUACAAACAAAGGCAGCUCCUUUUCUCUCUGGACUUCUCCAAUUUCCUCCUUCCACUGGACAAAAUCCAUUCAGACACAGCAGACAAAAACC